AUCAAGGGUUGAACCCUGGGCCUGAGUUCCCUCCUCUGGUUCAAUUACUUCUUCGUUGCGUGGUGUUUGGUUGGCUGCUACAAUUCUCUUCCUCUCUGCUUCUUGUUCUCUUUGGCGGGCUCCGGGCAGUCCUCCCCUCCACUGGAUAGAGGUUCUUGUUUAUCGCCGACUGAAAAAAUAACAUGGAUGACGAACGAACCCUAGUUGACGAGAACUUUCCCCUCUUCAAACCCUCCGUAAAACCCAUCGCCACCACAACCACAGCCACGACCACAACCACCGCCGCCCAAGACCUUAAACCUAAGCUCAUUAAACGAACUAACCCCUCCUCAGUCUCCACCACAUUCGCCGACCUCGGCCUCGCCGAAUGGGCUGUCCAAACUUGCAAGGAGCUCGGCAUGAAGAAGCCGACGCCGGUCCAAGAGCACUGCAUUCCCCGGAUUCUCGCCGGCAAUGAUGUCCUGGGGCUGGCAGAGACCGGCAGCGGCAAGACUGCGACUUUUGCUCUGCCAAUCUUGCACCGCCUCGCCCAGGACCCGUACGGUGUGUUCGCGCUUGUGGUGACACCCACGAGGGAGCUCGCGGAUCAAUUGGCAGAUCAGUUCCGCGCUCUCGGGUCGUGUUUAAAUUUGAGGUGUGCGGUAGUGAUAGGAGGGAUGGACAUGAUCACACAGUCGAAGACCUUAAUGCAGCGGCCGCAUGUGGUUAUUGCCACUCCGGGGAGGAUUAAGGUUCUUCUCGAAGGGAAUCCCGAUGUUUCUGCUGUUUUCUCUAAGACAAAGUUCCUAGUUUUGGAUGAAGCAGAUAGAGUUUUGGAUGUCGGCUUUGAAGAGGAAUUGAAAGUGGUGUUUCAGUGUUUGCCAAAAAAUCGGCAAACUUUAUUGUUUUCUGCAACAAUGACAAGUGAUCUGCAAACAUUACUUGAGCUCUCUGCAAAUACCGCAUACUUUUAUGAGGCAUAUGAAGGCUUCAAGACUGUUGAAUCUCUUAAGCAGCAAUAUAUAUUUAUUCCUGAAAAUGUGAAGGAUGUUUAUCUUCUCUACAUUUUGUCUAAAAUGGAAGAUAUGGAUAUUCGCUCAGCCAUCAUAUUUGUUUCUACCUGCAGAAGUUGUCACCUUCUUAGUUUGUUACUGGAAGAGCUUGAUCUGGAGACUGCUGCAUUGCAUUCCUUCAAAGCUCAAUCUCUAAGGCGCACGACACUGCAACAAUUUAAAUCUGGACGGGUUCCCGUAUUGCUUGCAACUGACGUUGCCAGCCGUGGCUUGGACAUUCCUACAGUUGAUCUGGUUAUCAAUUAUGAUGUUCCAAGGUAUCCAAGGGACUAUGUUCAUCGAGUGGGACGUACUGCAAGGGCAGGCAGGGAGGGGCUGGCUUUAAGCUUUGUUACUCAGAACGAUGUGGUUCUUAUUCAUGAAAUAGAAGCUAUUCUUGGCAAACAAUUGGAUAAGUUUGAUUGCAAAGAGAAUGAGGUUCUCUCUGAUAUCACAAAGGUUUAUAAGGCCAGACGUGUGGCAAAAAUGAAGAUGAUGGAUGAGGGAUUUGAGGAAAAAGAAAGAGAGCGAAAAGCACUGAAGCUCAGGGCACUGGCCCAAAAAGGUUUGUUGAAGAGAAAGAGUAGAAAGAGAAAGAGAGUUGUAUCAGCUAAAAUGGUGGAUUGAGAAACUUAUGGAAAAGGUCUCAUGGGAAUUUUUUUUUUUUAAUUUUUUUAAUUCAAACUUUGGUUGUAUAUGGAAAUAGAACUAUUUAGGGAUAGUGUGUUGACUUGAAGGAAUGAAGAAAUGGAAGGAGUGAAAAUUUAUGCUGCA